CUCAUCAUCAAGGGUUAAGCUUGCCGAACUGACGAAGAAAUGGCGUUAGCGCUAUGGUAUAUGCGGAGAUAAUCAGGUAUAUCUUGAGCUUGUUGCAGCCAUCUUGUCAACUUCAUCAUCUUUCUCCAAUCUCCCAGCCUCGGCCACUAAGACUGUCACAUCUCGCACCCGUCCGUCGAUUCUCAAAGAAAGUUGCAACAUGUCCGGCGUGGUACAUGGAGACUGGGACUCGUUUGAGUGGACGGCCUUCCCCGAGUACAAUGGAAGCAAGAUGAUUGCCUAUCGCUCCCCCGACGGCUUAAUCGCUGCCGGAGCUGCGCAUGAGAGCGGCACAGCGACCUUGACCUACCCAUGCGACGAGUUCUUCUACGUCAUAGAAGGGUCCAUUACGUGCGAUGUUGUUGGAGGGGAGAAGUUUACCCUCACCAAGGGACAGGUCUGCUAUUUUACUCGAGGAACAACGGUGAACUUUGAGUUCAGCGAUGAUUUCAAGAACGUUGCCAUCUUCAUAUCUACCGAUGGAAAGAAGGUUACCUUAGUGUGA